UAAUAAGCUAGUUAUUACCUAAUAUUCAUAUAUCCUUCAUGAUGGAAAUUCUUAAUUCAGCAAAUAUAAAAUACACAAUUUGAUUUGGUAAUUUCCAAUUAUAAUUUACAGUUCUGAUUAUGAAAUCAAUUUAAAAAAGGAAAAGACCAAUUUAGGAAUGUCCACGGUAAGAAUUCUCACUAUCAAUGAUUCUUGAUUUAAGGAAACGUCUGAGAUAGAAGGGUCGGAUAUUGCACUUUUGCAUAUAUCAUCAAUAAAAAAUGUUGGCGCUGGCGCACUUGGUCAUGAACUUUGGAUUAUUCUUCGUUAACGUUAAAUCAAUAUAAAGAGUGACGUCAGAGAAAAUGUUUGUAGCAUUUUGUGCGCACGAGUGAAAAGGCAUGGUUAUAGUCAGACAAGCAGUGAAACAAUAAGUGGGGUAGCAAAGUAUCAUUAUCAUCGUCAUCCCUGUAUCAAACAGAAAACUUAUACAAUGAUGCUAGUAGUAGAAGAAGUGUGAUGGCGUUAUUCUUAUUGUAACAUUCUAUCAGUCUCAUAAAAAGCGGUUGGUAUAUAUAAGUUCAUCAUUGAUUACCAGCCGAAUAAAUACACAGUAUUAGUCAAGUUUGGAUGACAAUGAAGAAAACACGUGUUAGAUUCGAUACUAAUAAUGACCAAUCCAGGAAUACUAAAAUUGCUUCAUUGCACUCAAAUCUAAUAAACAAAAAUAAUUUUUCUGAUCGUUAUAACAAAAAAACAAAAUUUUCAUUACAUCAGCUGACAAGUGAUAAUUAUUUAAAAAAGAGUGUGAGUAGUAAAACGUAUGGGUAUAAAAAAAGAAGUAUUUUUUACGUUUUUGGAAUUUUUGCAUUUGUUAUUUUCGCCGUCAUUGGUUCUAAUCAUGUUAACGCUAAACCAGAAGUUUUUACUAAUGCUUUCCUUGUCAAAAUGAGACAACCUUUAAUUAAACAUCUGGCUGACCAAGUGGCUGAAAGAAAUGGAUUCGUUAACCUUGGUCCGGUGUUGGGUAGCCAGACAGAGUAUCAUUUCAUUCAUAGAGCGUUACCACAAGUGAGGACUAAAAGAUCAGUUCCUCACACUAGACGACUAAAAAUAGAUCCUAUGAUUCAUACCGUAGUUCAACAAACGGGUUUUAAACGUGUAAAGAGAGGAUACCGUCCUCUAAGUGUAGAGAAUCUUGUACCAUUCUACACUAAAAAUUUGAUAGAAGAACAAGAGAAUCAAGAUCCUACUGAUCCCUAUUUUCAAUACCAAUGGUAUUUAAAAAAUACCGGCCAAAAUGGUGGAAAACCGAAACUUGACCUUAAUGUAGAAGCAGCAUGGGCUCAAGGUAUCACAGGAAAAAAUGUCACCACAGCUAUCAUGGAUGAUGGUGUGGAUUAUAUGCAUCCCGAUUUAAAGUAUAACUAUAAUGCAGAAGCAUCGUAUGAUUUCAGUAGUAAUGAUCCUUAUCCAUAUCCAAGAUAUACAGAUGACUGGUUUAAUAGUCAUGGAACAAGGUGCGCAGGGGAGGUUGCAGCCGCUCGUGAUAAUGGUGUUUGUGGUGUUGGUGUAGCAUAUGAUUCUAAGGUUGCUGGGAUUAGAAUGUUAGACCAACCUUAUAUGACCGAUCUGAUAGAAGCUAAUAGUAUGGGUCAUGAACCUAAUCUCAUUGACAUAUACAGUGCUUCUUGGGGGCCUACUGAUGACGGCAAGACUGUAGAUGGUCCAAGAAAUGCUACGAUGAGGGCCAUUGUUCGAGGAGUUAAUGAAGGACGCCGAGGAUUAGGUAAUAUUUAUGUCUGGGCAUCUGGAGAUGGUGGUGAAGAAGACGAUUGCAACUGUGAUGGAUACGCUGCAAGCAUGUGGACUGUUAGCAUUAAUAGUGCAAUUAAUAUUGGACAGAAUGCUCAUUACGAUGAAAGUUGCUCCAGCACAUUAGCUUCCACUUUCAGUAAUGGAGCUAAGGAUCCAAAUACCGGGGUGGCCACCACUGAUCUCUAUGGCAAAUGUACUACGACCCACAGUGGCACAUCAGCUGCUGCACCCGAAGCAGCAGGCGUAUUUGCAUUAGCACUUGAGGCCAACCCUCAGUUAACGUGGAGGGAUAUCCAACAUCUCACGGUGCUGACAUCAAAAAGGAAUUCUCUCUUUGAUGCGAAAGGCAGAUUUCAUUGGACAAUGAAUGGGGUUGGCUUGGAAUUCAAUCAUUUAUUCGGAUACGGUGUUCUUGAUGCUGGUGCGAUGGUUGCUUUGGCUAAAAAAUGGAAAACUGUACCACCACGAUAUCAUUGUGAAGCUGGAUCUGUUCUUACCACCCAAGAAAUACCAAGUAGUCACUCCAUCUUUCUUAAGAUUAAAACCAAUGCUUGUGCUGGAACUGAGUACGUUGUUAACUAUCUGGAACAUGUUCAAGCAGUGAUUACUGUCAAUGCAACGCGACGGGGUGAUUUAGAACUCUUUCUAACUUCUCCCAUGGGGACCAGAUCAAUGAUCUUAAGCAAACGUGUUAAUGAUGAUGACCAGCGAGAUGGAUUUACUAAAUGGCCGUUCAUGACGACUCAUACUUGGGGAGAAUAUCCUCAAGGAACAUGGACACUUGAAGUCAGUUUUAAUUCAAAGAAACCACAACACGGAUUCAUUAAAGAGUGGACGUUAAUGCUUCAUGGUACAAGUGAACCUCCAUAUAUUGAUUUACCAGUCGUAGAUCAGCAUUCAAAAUUGGCAGUAGUAAAGAAAGCUCACGAAGAGCGACCUACUUUUAUGUAAUCAAAUACCAUAUGAAUACACUUAUAAUUUACGAUAAAGAAUUCAUUCGAUAUCCAACCAAUCUAUAAAAAAUUUUGGCACAAACAAAAUAACAUUGCAUAUAUUUAAAUCUUCUAAAAUGAUUCUAGUGUUGUCUUCCUGGAUAUAAUUUUUUAAAUCACACAAUGUGGAUUACUAAAUGCGGCAAUUAGGACAAUACUAAGAGUCACAUUUGUCUUAUGUGAAUUCGAUUAUUUAUCAUUAUUUUGGUCAUUCAGAUUAUAAUUUAAUCAUAUGAUUUAUCUCAUUGAGUUUAAAUCUAUUUUUUGUUCUCAUUAUACCAAAAGAUGAUCAUAAUCAAAUAUUUUUUACUAGACCAAAUUAACUUUUUCAUUAAACAUAUCUCUAUUAUGGAAAUUCAAUAGUUUAUAAAUUAUUUUUUAAUCGUCUCUGCUUAUUAAAAGUAUGUCUCUUUAAUUUAAUCCAAUAAUAAUUUUGAUUUUAUACCAAAGAUUUUUUUUUAAUAAAUGAUUUUCAAAAAUACAUUUGAAAAUUUGUAAAAUGGAUUUAUAUGAAAAUUUGCAAGUAGUGUAUGUAAAUGUUAUGUGCUUUCGUUGAUGUUGCGAGCUUUAUUAAUGAUAUCAAAUUAUAGUUUUUGUUAGAAAUAUAAUAUAAUAUUAAUGUUGAAAUACUUUGAAAAUUGUUUAUUUAAAUUAUGUUAGUUUAUGAAGGUAUGUUUCCGAAAAUUAAUAUUUUUAUGAUUUAAAAUAUAUUUUCCAUAUAAUGUUAAUUAGUUGAUUUAUAAUUACCAUGAAUUGGGAUGAUUAUUUUAAUAAUAGUAAAAUCGAGUAGCGAUGACUGUGUAACAUAUGAUAUCACAUAUUAUAUCAAGUGUAAAUGAAUUAUUAAAGGAAUAACAAGAGAGUUAAAAAAAAAUGUUUAAUAAUUCAAAGAAAUUUAUUUGUAACUGUUGUCAAAUAAAUUAUUUUAAAAUCUAA